AUGCAACGUAUGCUGGGAGACGUUGGACCUGGCCGCACUUGGGCCAAUAUUCACAAUCAACUCUGCGACUACUGCAUGGUUCAGAUGAGCAUGAAUGCCUUAGCCUCUCCAAUGGAACUCAGAAGUAUGGAGCGAACGGCCUCGCCAGAGCCUAUGGACGAGCCCGAGGAAUUAAGCAAGUCUAUUGAAGACUGUCUUAACCUCAUUCCAAGUUUAGAUGAUAUUCCUCAAGCGGUCGGUUUUACGAUGAGCUCAUGGAUAAAGAACGCAAAUACUAUGGCUAUUAUUAUGUCCUUGUUUGCAGCUGUACAAAUCAUCCUCAUACAAAACUUGCCUCCAACAGAAGAGAAGACAGGCCGCUUAUGGAAUGUUACUAGAGGCUUCAUGUAUGCCGGCAUAUUUCUUCACCUCGGUGGGGCCAUUUCCGCGACCGUCAUCAUGCAAAUGGCGUCCGGCAUACCGGUCAGAGGGAGGCAUGCAGCCUUAACAGAUAGUGAGAAGCAUUUACUCGCCGCAUGGGGUCUCCGUGGCAAAUUCACCGGGACUGCGUAUCAUAUGGUGGUUUGUUUCGUGCUUGGGUUUAUUUCUGCCCUCGUUUCAAUUCUAUUGUGGGUUUGGUCAUCUGAAGGACAAAGAUACGCCCUUGGUGGAACACUCUUGCCAGUUGCAUUGGUGGCUGCUGCCACCUUUUUAUUCGCGUUCUUGUGGUAG